AUGAUUGCUAUCACCGUUUUGUACUCUCUUAUUGGGUUAAGAUUAAAAAGAUCCCAUAGCCAUAGAGAUAAUCAACAUCGUCAGAAUUUCAUGAGGCAUGUACCAACGAUAGAAAAAAUACACCGGAAGAACCACCAAUCGACAAAAAGAGUUAUUAAAAUGUUGGUUGCCGUGGUUGUUGCGUUCUUCGUCUGCUGGGCACCUUUCCAUGCACAAAGGCUAGUCGCGAUAUACGGCACGCGGGAAGACCACCUUGCAAAAUCUCCAACCUUACUCUGCGUUUAUUCUACCCUCACUUACAUCUCAGGAAUUUUUUACUACAUGUCCACGUGCAUCAAUCCAUUUUUUUAUCACAUCAUGUCGAAUAAAUUCCGAGACGCUUUUAAGAAUUCAGUUACGAAAUGGUGCUGCCGAAUAAAGGACACUCCUGGAAAUAAGCGGGAUUUUUACACUGCAAUGCCUUUUUCCCAGAGAACUACUUCAAAUGGCACCAAAAAUUCUGAUAAAUCUCUAGGCAACCGGUCUUCAAACAAGACAAAGUGUUUCGAAAUGUCAGACAAGCAGACGAAUACUGGAGAGAAGCAAUAUUGUCAAGUAUGCGACAACUGCAAGAAACGACUGGACACUCCAUUUCAAGAAUUCGAGCUUAAAAAUAUCGGCAAGCAAUCGACGCAAUUGGACACGCAUAAUCUAGAAGAAUGA